UGAACACUCACAGGAGCAUACUAGAAAAGGGAUAAUAUAAGCCGUAGGCCUUCAGUCUUAUUAGGCAAAUCUGAAAUCUGGAUAACAACUGGGUUCAAGGUCGUUGGCACCGAACGGCGGGUAACUUUGAUUAGGUUUUACGCUUUUUUCGUGCACUUAUCAGUAGAAUGCCUUUAUGCUGCGGUGGAAUCGGAACACCUAGGGAGCCGUCUGCAGAGGAGAAAGAAAAACUUAAAACUCUGUUAGAAAGUAAGUUGGAGUCCCAUAUCGGACGAAAACCUCGUUCAUUUGAAAUCGUCCAGAUCACUAGUCAGGUAGUCGCAGGAACAAAUCACUUCGUCAAGGUGAAAAUAGAUGAUGGCGACUAUAUUCACGCUCGAAUUUUUGAACCACUACCCUGUCAUGGCAAAGAACUUCAACUACACUCUGUCGUUAAAGAUAAAAAGGAAAGUGAUGCAUUGGAAUACUUCUGAAACUCGGUUCUCAUACCCACCACUUGUUUGACUUGUGUUCUUGUUUUUUAUAAUCUCUUAAUAUACUUUUGAUGCUCAUAUCUAUUAUUUAUGAUAUGAUAUGUACGGUUCUCUGUACUAGCAUCCUACUGUAUGUAUGCUGGGAAUGUAAAUGUGCAACUGUUGACCUGUAGUCAUAUGGUUGUAGAUUGGUUAAUAGCUCUCGCGUAUCCUUGUCGCUUGAGGCAAAAGACUGAUAUAUAUUCCGUUCCUUCUUAUAGAAGCACUACUUGCAGCAACUGCGGCUUCUUCAUGGGAUGCAAAUCAAGUAUUCCCGGGUGUUUCUAAGGUACUGAUAAUCUUAAGAAUUAUAUCUUGAUGAAAUUAAUCUCAAUGGUUGUUUGAAGACCAUUUUGUAUUUCAUACUCAACAGGUUUAGAUGAAGUACAUCCUCAUAAAGAAUGUUUUACCUGUAUACUCUACCAAAUUAAAUGACAUGUUAUAAAUAAUACUAGCUAGUUUGUCUGUAUAACUGUUGAAAUAGUGGGAAGUAUCCGUGCCGCAACCGUUGUGUCCCAGCUAAGAUAGACCACUAUUGCUUAAAAAGGUACUGUCUUGUUAUGUAGUUGGAAGCAAUUGCUGUAAAGCAACGUAACCAUGUUCCGUGUUAGUAAGCACUCGUCAAGCCAGCGCUUCUGCAAUCUUGAUUGAAUGAUACUUCUUUCCAAACGAUAUCCGUAUAAAGUGUGAGUUUCGAUUAUAGCUACACAUUUGAUUUAUUUUUGAGCACUUGCUCUGUUUCGUAUUCCAAAUCGUCGUAUCCCAAACGUUAUGAUAAGGGUGGGAAUUAUCCUAAUAACUGUAGUAUUUUUAUAUUGGAAAUAUAAUUCCCUCUUUCAUAUGACUUGUCUGUAGAAUGACUUAACGUGCGUGUGAAUAGGUUGGAUUAAGAGUGCACGUGAUCUCUACCACAAACAAUGUCAAAUGAUGCCGAAAUGACUAGCCGAGUAUAUAUAUGACUAGCUACUACCGUACUAGUACUCUAUAAAUGAAAUGAAUAUGAAAUCGAAUAUACUCUACACCAUUAUUUGGCGUACAAUUUCACGGAUGAUAGUUUAACCUUACUACUGUUGUUCAUUCAAUUUGACACAGAAUUAUCAUGGAAUCAACCUUUACCAGCGAUUGAGAUGGUCAUUAUAAAAUAUGAUGUGUUUCUGAAACGAGAAUGCAUGAGGUUUAUUAUACUUUUGAAAUGAUUUUAGUGAAAUCUUCCGUAAACUAUUCCACAUUAUGGAAGUGUUGCGCGAAUUUCUCCACAUACUAUAUUUCUUUAUUAAAACGACUAAAGAUAUAUUGCCGAAUACAGAACAAAGUUUACAGACCUGAAAAUAGAAAGGUGUUUAUUCAGUUAUUAUUCGUCCGAGAUCACACCAUUCAUAAGAUCAAUCAGUGGUUAAAAGCAGCUCUAAAAGCUCAUUCCUCGCUGCGAAAUUGGCUACUCUUGAUUGCUUCCAGGUCAUUGAGCUUCAUAAUGCUUCACAAAUUGUACAAAAUUCAGGAAGAGCUGGCUCUUGAGAGGUAAACUGUCAUUCGUCCAGGUCCUGCAUGCAUCGACUACAGCUUCAUCGUCCGCUGAAUCCUGGAACGCCACUACAUUUGUCGCAGGCAAACAACCACUGUGAUUUUUGAGUUCAUAGCUGCCUCCAGUUGAUUGGUUCUUUGCUAUUUAAUUGUCUUGAGGAAUAAUGUUUUCUUGAGAAUUUUAUCACCAUUUUUGAGGUUGAGUGCACAAACUGAUGCCAUGACCAAGUGGUUGGAACCAAACUUUGUGAUAAAUUAUUGUUGGGUUUGAGAUAAGAUAUCAAUGCUGAUGGUGUUCUGAUGGAUGAGAUUGACCUGCAUAUGAUGAUCUUUAGGACGUCUUGAGUCAACCUUUACUAAAUUUAGUGCCGUUGUGAUAAGUCUGAUAGUAAAAUAUUUGGUCUAAAAUGUGUCGUUGAGAGGAGUUCUACACUGUCCAUGUGAAAACCUACUAUCUGAGCUGAAUUUAUUUGACCCCUGUUUGUAUCCAAUCAUCGCAGACAUCCAGUUAUAACACCAUGUUGUUAACACGGGCUUUGCAGUGUAUUUCCAGGUUUAGUAAAGAUAACCCAAUUAGUGUCACCAUCUUGUAACACCGAGUUUGUUGGUUUGG